AUGCGCAGUGUAAAUUAUGGUAUGAUGGCGGAAGCAACACCCAAAACAACUGUAAACGGUGAUGAAAAUCCCUGGAAGAAGCUCAACAUACCCGUCCAGGAUGCCGACACUUUACGACAAGAAGCAGUCGAAGCACACCACGAUCAUUUAAUUAAAGAAAUUGAAACAUCUGAAGGGCCUCUGGCCACAACUCUUAGAGCUGUAUAUGAUGGGGGAGAUAUUGAGUACUUUAUGGAAAAGCUAAGUGCUUGCAUAAAAAAUCACGAUUAUGAGAUUGAGCGCAUGUGCAACUAUCAUUAUCAAGGAUUUAUUGACUCCAUCAGAGAACUUCAGCAAGUUAGUGGGGAUGCCACCAAGUUAAAGGGUGAAAUACAAGGCCUGAACAGGGAACUUCAGGCCUCAUGUGAUCCCCUGCUGAGCAAGGGAGACCAGCUUGUAAAAUGUCGCAAAGUUCAGAAAAAUAUAACAUUAGCAAUUGAAAGUCUUUCUUUAUGCUUGCCAGUACUGGAAAUGUAUGGGAAACUUCAAGAGCAAAUGAAAAGCAAGAGGUAUUACCCGGCUUUGAAAACAUUAGAGCAGUUAGAACACACCUACUUGCCUCGUGUAAUAAAUCACUGGUUUUCACAAACAAUGGCAGAAGCUAUUCCUAGACUACGAGAACGAAUUAAGGAAGCAUCUAUGACUGAGUUGAAAGAUUUCCUAGAAAGUAUUCGCAAACAUUCAGCAAAGAUCGGGGAAGUGGCAAUGAGACACGCAGCAGAGCAGAACAAUAUGGACCCCACAAUAGCAAAGAAGAAAGUCAAAAAGAGAAGAGCUCCGCCUCCUCCAAAUCCUUUCACAGGAGAGGUGGAGUAUGAGCUGCCUGGUCCUUCAGCAGAAAGUGAUGAUACAGAAGAAGAACUUAGUGCUCAAGAUCUGGUUGAUUUUUCUCCAGUUUACAGAUGUUUGCAUAUUUACUCAGUGCUGGGAGAUAAAGAAAAGUUUGAAACAUAUUAUCGGUCACAACGUUGGAAACAAGCUAGGCUUUCUCUACAGCCGCCUCCUAAUAUGCACGAAAGUUUAGACUUAUUUAAACAUUACUUUCACGAUAUCAUAGGUUUUUUUGUUGUUGAAGACCACAUCCUGCAUACCUCCCAGGGACUGGUCACACGGUCACACAUGGAUGAGCUGUGGGAGAAAGCAGUGGAGAAACUGUGUGCCACGCUGCGCUCCACUUCAUGUAAAGCUACCUAUUUGCAGAUCAGGCAGUUAGACACCCAAGAGAAGCCAAACUCAGUCAAAGCAACCCCCAAAGAUAUGGGUGAUCACAUUUCUGAGGAGGAUAAUGAUAAUGAACUAGCAGAUGAGAAAUCCUGUAAAAUAGCAAACCUUAUGCUGGAGGUGAAGAAAUUGAUUGUACUGUUUUGUCACACAUUGAAGGGCUAUGGCUUCAGUGUUGGUCGAUUGUUAGAGUUGUUGCUAGAAAUGAGAGACCGCUACAGUGUGAUAUUAUCAGAACAGUGGGUGGAAAUAUUCAGUGGUAUAUUUGCUGAAGACAACUACACUCCAAUAUUCUGUGAUACUCCAGAGGACUAUUUGCUUAUUACCAGCCAGUUUCCUUACAAAGAUAAAGAUUUAGAGACAGAAGCAUACCCCAGGCAGUUCCCGUUCUCCCAGUUUGUGCCCAAUAUAUAUGUGCAGGUGAAGGAGUACAUCAAUGCUUGUUUGAAGUUCUCUUGUGACUUGCACUUAAGUCACACAGAAAUAGACGACAUGAUCAGAAAGUCUGCCAAUCAGUUGCUGACUAAAACAUUAGGUGGAUCUCUUUCAAAUCUCAUAAAAAAGCCCAACCUCAGCUUGUUACAGCUGAUCCAGAUUUCCAUUAACAUGAACUAUUUAGAGAAGUCCUGUGAGUACCUGGAGGAUUACAUCUCUACUAUAACUGGAGCUGAAAAGGAUAGUGUGCACAUAGCCAGAUUGUAUGGUUCCUCAAUGUUCAAGGAUGCCAGAAGUGAUGCAGAACAGCACAUUUAUCAACAGUUAAAUCUAAAAAUAGAUGAGUUUCUUGAUCUAGCAUCCUAUGAUUGGACAUUACCAGAACCUCGAGGCCAGGCCAGUAGUUACCUCAUGGAUCUAGUUGCCUUCCUUCAGAGUACAUUCAUGUCUUUCACAAAUUUGCCGAUCUUCCACAAAAACUGGGCUAAAUAUGUUGAGAAAGUGGCAAAAACUGCUUGCAUGUCAGCAUGCCAACACAUUGCAUCAAGACUGAUGGCCUUGUUACUUGACAGCGAAAUCAAACAGAUGUCCAUGGGUGCGCUGCAGCAGUUCAACUUGGAUGUUAUGCAGUGUGAACAAUUUGCUGCCUCUGAACCUGUGCCUGACUCGGGUGAUGGAACCCUUCAGAUGGCCUUCACAGAUCUGCGACAGUUGCUAGACCUGUUCAUCAACUGGGACUGGUCGGUGUAUCUGGCCGAUUUUGGUAAACAGCAAGCUCGGUAUUUGAGGGUACAUAGACACACAGCCAUCAACCUGUUGGAAAA